AUGCAGAGGAUUAUUGAUGAGCAGAUCGACAAACUGCUACACAACGAAUGUAUAGAGCCUUCAAGGAGCCCCCACAGCGCCCCUAUUGUACUCGUGGGCAAGAAAUCUGGAGAGAUGCGGCUAUGUGUAGAUUUUCGACAACUAAAUGCCCAUUCUAUUCCAGAUGCAUACCCGCUGCCAAGGAUAACGCACAUCUUGGAGCGUCUACGCCAUGCCAAGUACAUAUCGACGCUCGAUUUGAAGAGCGGAUAUUGGCAAAUUCCUGUAGCCGAGUCCAGCCGCGAGUGCACAGCAUUUACAGUCCCCGGGAGGGGCUUGUACCACUGGAAAGUGAUGCCGUUUGGCCUCCACUCAGCACCAGCCACAUUCCAGCGGGCGCUCGACAGCGUCAUAGGACCGGACGCGUUUGCGUAUUUGGAUGAUAUCAUCAUCAUCGGCCGCACUCUGGAGGAGCAUCUGCAGCAUCUACAAGAAGGACACGUCAUCAGUGAGAAGGGAAUUCACACGGAUACGGACAAGAUUUUAACAGCACGGCAACUGGCGCCGGUUCUCGCCUGCCCCGACUUCAACGAGAAGUUCGUGUUGCAAACAGACGCCAGCGACAUCGGCCUAGGAGCAACGCCUCACUACUCCACCACAGAAAAGGCUAUCAUAUGGGCCAUCAGGAAACUCAGAUGCUACUUGGACGGUUAUCGAUUCGAGGUGAUAACGGACCACCUCGCCUUGAAGUGGCUCAACUCGAUUGAUAAUCCCACCGGCCGUAUAGCGCGCUGGGCGUUGGAACUGCAGCAGUACCAGUUUGACGACUUAAGAUUACCCGGACUACGCGAACGAGAACAACAGCUAUAUCGGCAUAUCGGAUCCCGACCCGACAACGAAGACUCCGUGCCCUGGAAACUGUGCGAGGCCAAAGAACACCGACAGCGAAUACUGUCGGAAUGCCAUGACCAGCCCACGGCAGGACAUCUCGGAAUCAGGAAGACCACCACCCGGAUCGCCCAGAGAUAUUACUGGAAGGGUCUUUUCCACGAUAUUGCCAGGAAUGUCCGCAUGUGUGACACUUGUCAACGGUUCAAAGUCAGCCAAACCAAACCGGCGGGUAAAAUGUUCACCAGACAGAUUAACGAGCCGUUCGAUACUGUCUGCGUCUAUUUUAUUGGGCCCUUUCCGCGAUCCAAGAGUGGGAAUACGAUGCUGCACGUAUUCUUCGACGCCUUUUCGAAAUGGGUUGACAGCAUCUCAGACUCAACCGGAUUCAGUGCAGCGUUCAUCGUCCAAGGCGGAGAACCACGACUCCCAGGGGCCUUGUAUGAUGAAGUGACUCCAGGACCAAGCCAAGAGGUAUUGCUACGGGACAUUUUCAAGGUAGUACAGGAGAACACUCAGAGAGCUUCGUUAGAGCAGCGGAAACAUUACGAUCUCAGGCGACUGCGCUUGCAACGUACCCAGAGCAGGCAACGCAGAACGGCAUCCCUUAGAGAUUUUAAGGAAGCAGGCAACGAGCCAGAAACCCAGAAUUUGGUACCCAGUCGACUGGACGACAACGAAGACAUUCAGAUGGCGGAGUAA